AAUGGGACUAGGGUUGCCACUAGACUUACAGCCAAACACAGAAACAGAACAACAAAGGUUCCCAUUACAUAUACAGCAGCCGCAGCAAAUGUUCUUCUUCGAUUUCGCUGCUUCUCGUCUAAGAAUCUGGUACAGUUGUCGUCUUUGAUCUCGGGAUAAUACUUUCCGUUGACGCCCCAAUCGGCAGAAUUUGGGGUAGCGUUCUGCUGAGUUUCAAAGAAACCCCCGAGGAAGUAACGCCACCUUCGAUUUCUCUCAUUCUGGUCCCUGUGUUAUUUUGAUUACCUCUAUUCCGAAAAGUUGUCAUGUCUGCCAAGUACAUUAUUUCUGCUAUAGUGGGAUCAUUUGCCGUGGCUUGGGCAUGCGACCACUACAUUGCUGACAAGAAGAUAUUUGGAGGGACUACCCCCCAUACUGUAUCAAACAAGGAGUGGUGGGAGGAAACUGACAAGAAGUUGCAGGCAUGGCCUCGUACUGCUGGCCCACCGGUCGUCAUGAAUCCCAUAAGCCGCCAGAAUUUCAUCGUCAAGAGCCACACUGAAGCUUGAAGCGUUCUACAUUUAUUAAAUGAUCUGGUUGAAUUGUUCACUCUUGAAUGAGACAUCUGAAACAACGUUUAUCCUGGAUUUUUUGUUUUGUUUUAAAGGUGGGAUAUAAAGUCGGGAAUGCAUAUUUCGGACGUAGUAGGGGCUUUUGUAACCGGUCUUUCCAUGUACUCUUUUGGUCAUGGCUUGGUAAGUGGAUACUAAUAAAUGCCAAAUUUGUCAUU